AUGCGAUUUCAGUCGUAUAUUCAGCUUUCACUCGUUCCAUAUCAUCUCUACCCGAUGAUAUUGGAACCAUACUUACAGGGUAGAUAUAUUGGCUACAUGGAGGACGCUAAGAAAAGUCCAGCCAAUGGGAGAGAGUAUAGCUAUGUUGACGUCUUGAUCGCAUUUGUCAAGGGGUCUCAAUUGGAAGUAGCUAAUGCAAAUGCACAGGUCGAGUUGUUUAAUAUAUUGCCAGUUCCAGGGCAGACAGUCGGUGAUUUCAUCGAUGCCAUCCAAGGAAAAUACAGGCAAUUAAAGCAAUAUAAUAAUGUGUUCGUCUCAGUUCGAGCACAUGUAUUCACACACUGCCACAAAUAUUUUAUAUGA